AUGACGGCAGCAACCUGCCCCUUCGCAGGUGCUCCAGCGCGUUCAGACUUCGAGCUUGCGGAGAGCUCAAUUCCAUCUGAUAUCUACGAACAAUUUGACACCCUUCGCUCAAAAUGUCCAGUGGCAUACUCCUCUCAAAUGGGAGGCUAUUGGAUGCUCACACGCUACGAGGACGUCAAGAACUGCGCCUCCGACACCUCAACCUUCAUCUCCUCUGUCAAAGCCGUCAUACCAUCUGACCCACGCGGCACACGGCGUCCGCCACUGAACACCGACCCACCGGUGCACACACCGUACCGCACAGCAAUUGACCGGACGUUGAAGAUCUCGCGUCUCAAGCGAUUGGAAAGUGUACUUGAAGACCAUGCACGGAGAGAGUGGAAAGUACUGGUGGAGAGGGGAAGAGGCGACGUCAGUGCGGAUUUUGGGGCCAACUUCGCAGCUUGGGUGGAGGUGACAUGGCUGAACCUGGGAGACGAGAGUGCACCAAUGCUUGCGAAGACAGCGGCUGCCUGGGUGAAUGCUUGGCGUGAGCAGCAGACAGAUGUGGUCAAAUUCUAUUCUGAAAAGCUGUAUGAUAUGGCAAGGGCACUAUUCCGAGAUAGGCGCGAAAAUCCAAGGGACGUAGAGAGCGACCCUGCAAGUAGCUUGCUUGCGGAGCGAGUGAACGGCCAGCCAAUUGCGGAAGAGAAACUGAUCGACGCUCUUCGCCAGUGCCUGGUAGUAGGCAUGGUGGCACCACCCAUUCUCUUUGGCAACAUGGCGACACAUCUGGCACAGGACAAAGCUCUGCAGAACCGACUACGUGAAAAUCCGGAGCUCAUUCCCUCUGCAGUCGAAGAAUUCGUACGCCUCUAUGUACCCUACAGAGGAUUCUCUCGAACUGCAUCAUCACCAGUUGAGCUACAUGGUCGAACGCUGAACCCAGGCGAGCCGAUCACCAUGACCUACGCUGCAGCCAAUCGAGAUCCGGAGGUUUUCUCGAAUCCCCACGAGUUCGUCCUCGGCAGAGAAAACGUGAGCAAGCACUUAGGGUUCGGUCGUGGACGCCACAGAUGUGCCGGAAUGCCGUUGGCCAGGAUGGCUCUACAAGUCGGCCUGAAAGUGAUGCUGGAGAACAGCCAAGAUUGGGACCUUGAUGGUGAACUGCAAUACGCCAAGAUGCCAGAGAUGGGCAUUAUAAGUUGUCCAGUUCGCAUCAUUAGCGUAGUAGAGCCGUAAUCUAUGUGCAUUUUGCAAUCCAUGCGUCAACAACUUCUUCCAUCUCCUUACAAACGCCCCACUGUAGACUUAAUGCACGUAGAAGUAACCGAAUGCUACUCAGCUCAUAAUUGAGGUCACGGAAAACGAAAUCCUUUUGAAUUCGCGUCGUUGUCAGUGUGCCUCGGAUGAACUGGGCUGUUCCAGUUGUGUGUAAAUCGUUAGAUACGAAGCCCGCUGGAGUCUGACUUUCUUGGCUUGGAAGCAAUACGGCCUGUUGCCAAUCGACUGGUUCUGG